AUGGAGAAACAACAAAUGGAGGCGUUGGAUUACCACGCUGAAGAGAGGAGAAAGGCAGGGUUUGAUGUCGAAGAGAUGAAGAUAGUUUGGGCUGGUUCUCGUAAAGCCUAUGAGAUCUCCGAUCGAGUUGCUCGUCUCGUCGCUAGUGAUCCGGUAUUUCGAAAGGAUAAUAGAACUAUGCUAUCUAGGAAGGAAUUGUUCAAAGAUACUUUGAAGAAAGCUGCUCAUGCGUGGAAGCGGAUAAUUGAGCUUCGCCUCUCUGAAGAAGAGGCCACUAAGUUAAGGUUUUUUGUGGAUCAGCCUGUUUUCACAGAUCUUCACUUUGGAGUGUUUAUUCCUGCUAUUAAAGGAAGCGGAUCUGAGGAGCAGAAAGCGAAGUGGCUUCCGAUGGCAUAA